GUUCAUUUCCCUAGUUGCGCGCACCAUAGUCUCAAUCACUCUCACUGGUAGGACUUCAGUUUGAAAUAACUUGGCCUGUCCAAAAGCUUUUGUAGAAUGGCAACUAAUAUGCGUGGCCUCACGCAGUUUAUUGCAGAUAUUCGUGGUGCUAGAGUUCGGGAGUUGGAGGAGAAGAGAAUUAACAAGGAGAUGGCCAAUAUACGAAAGAAGUUUAAAGAUGGGAAUUUAGAUGGCUAUCAGAAGAAAAAAUAUGUCGCAAAAAUCAUCUUCACCUAUAUUUUGGGCUACAAGAUAGAUAUUGGUCAUAUGGAGGCUGUCAAUCUUAUCUCGAGCUCAAAGUAUAGCGAAAAACAAAUAGGUUAUCUAGCAGUAACCUUGCUCAUGCACGAAAAUUCAGAUUUCCUGCGUUUAGUUGUCAACUCUAUCCGCAAAGAUUUGGACGAUAACAACGAGAUCAACAACUGUCUGGCACUACAUGCCGUCGCAAACGUUGGAGGCAGUGAAAUGGCGGAGGCUUUGGCAGAAGAUGUACAUAGAUUAUUGAUAUCUCCAACAUCCCGGAGUUUUGUAAAGAAAAAGUCAGCGUUGACAUUACUCAGGCUAUAUCGAAAACAUCCUAGAGUCAUUCCUGCUUCUGAAUGGGCACAACGCCUCGUAUCCAUCAUGGAUGACCACGACCUCGGUGUGGUGCUAUGUGUCACUAGUUUAAUUACAGCUCUAGCCCAAGACCAUGUUGAGGCUUUUUCAGUAUGUUACACCAAAGCGGUGGAUCGAUUAUAUCGACUAGUGAUUGGACAUGAAUAUCCGGCAGCAUAUGCAUACUAUAAAGUGCCAUCUCCCUGGUUACAGGUGAAGUUACUUCGUUUACUGCAAUACUACCCUCCUUCAGAAGAUCCAGCUAUCUACUCUGUUCUCCAUCAAGUCGUGCAGGCCACUCUGAGUGCCGGGGCCGAGACAUCAAGGCAUAUACAACAUAACAAUGCUCAACAUGCAGUUUUGUUCGAAGCCAUAAACCUUACUAUCCACUUGGGCGUUAAUACUCUUGUUAGUACAGCUGCAAUGCUUCUGGCACGUUUUAUUUCUUCCAAGGAGACAAACGUACGCUAUCUUGGACUAGAUGCCAUGGCCCGCUUGGCUGCCCGUGCCGAUUCAUUGGAGCCAUUAAAGAAACAUCAGGGUACCAUUGUUCUAUCUCUUCGCGAUAGGGAUAUAUCUGUUCGCCGGAGGGCACUUGACAUGCUCUAUAGCAUGUGCGAUGCAGACAACUCAGAGCUUAUCGUCGGCGAGCUUCUGCGUUACCUCCGAGUCGCCGAUUAUGCGUUACGUGAAGAAAUGGUUCUCAAAAUUGCCAUCCUAACGGAAACCUAUGCCUCCUCCUACAAGUGGUACGUGGAUACCGUUUUGCAGCUCAUCAAUGCAGCUGGCGAUCAUGUUGGGGACGAGGUCUGGUAUCGUGUGGUACAGAUCAUCACAAACACAGAAGACUUACAAGAAUAUGCUGCUAAAGUUGUUUGUGAAUACCUGAAGGCACCAACAGCGCACGAAAGCUUAGUGAAGAUAGCAGGCCAUGUACUCGGCGAAUAUGGUCAUUUAAUUGCAAAUGAGCCUGGGUAUAGCCCUAUAGAGCAAUUCCAGAUCUUACACAUCAAGUCACAGUUUUGCGUGGCUUCUACGCGCGCUCUGCUUCUUUCCACCUACAUCAAAUGGGUGAAUGUUUUCCCUGAAAUCAAAACACAGCUUAUCAAUAUAUUUGAACGUUACCGUCACGUUCUGGAUGCGGAGUUGCAACAGCGUGCUUGCGAAUAUUAUGCGCUUGCCUGUAGACAAGAUGAUGACGAUAUGCUGCAAAAUGUAUGUGAAGAAAUACCUCCCUUCCUUCCCCGAGAAAGUGCCUUGCUGGGACGUCUACACCGUAAACGUGGCAAUGCAGAACACAGGCCAUUCUGGGUUCACGGAAAAAUAGAAUCAAGUAUAGAGCGCCCGGUUAUUAAAAGUUCUUCAACUUCGAACCAAAUUUAUGACGGCCAUGGUGCUUAUCCUGUGCAGAUGGGUGAUCCUAGUGUUGUCAGAUCUUCAGACGGACUCCUCCAUUGCUCUCCAGCUACAGCAUCGCAACCAGGCACUGUACCACCUUUAUCGCACCCUACCAUUAAUCCAGGCCUCCGUCUUACACUUGGACCCGAUAUUGACCGCUGGUUCGUGGCCCUGACACAUACUGAAGACGGGAUCUUGUACGAGGACGUACAAAUUCAAGUUGGAGUUAAGUCGCAAUACCAAGGCCAUAUUGGCCAGGUGGCCGUUUACUUGGGUAACAAACUUUCGGCUCCUUUGUCAUCCUUUACUGCGAUUGUAGGUGUCACUCAUCCGGAAGCACUGUCGGUAUCAUUCGCGAAGAUACCUCCGAGUACAAUCCCUUCGCGUACUCAAACUCGGCAUAUGUUACAUGUAACUUGCAAAAAAGCAUUUACGGAUCCUCCAACCAUCACUGUAUCUUUCUUGGCCGGUUCACACCAGUCCAUUUCGAUUCGACUGCCCAUCGUUGUUACCAAAUUCUUUCAACGCGUAAAAUUAAGUCAGUCCGAGUUUUUUCAACGUUGGCAGUUGAUUGGUGGCCCACCUCGGGAAUCCCAGAUUGUGUUUCCUAUCUUAUUGGAUAGCAACGGAGAGGUUGACAUUGACAAGCACCGACACAUCGUUAUAGGUUUUCAUUUGGAAAUCCUUGUCAACAUUGACCCCAAUCCAAAUAACAUUGUAGGUGCAGGCAUUUUCAACAUGUCGAUUGAUGGAAAGGUUGGAUGUCUUUUAAGACUGGAGCCAAACAGAGAGGCGAAGCUUUGUCGACUGACGGUAAGGAGUACUUCGGCAGAAGUUGCUUUAUUAGUACGGAGAGUCCUUGAAACGGCACUGAAAGCAUAGUGUAACCCUUGUUCGGAUCUGAAACCACGUUGCAGAUUUCGCUCCGGUUGUUUCCCUGUGAGGGGGAAUAAGUGGAUGGUGGAUGAUUGGUUACAGGUAUCAGCUACAUGUGAAAUGUUAGACCUACGCCCGACUAUAGCUUUUUAUGUUGGGAUAGAAUCUUUGCCAAACUAGUUGCCACACCAUACUAAGGCUUGAAGCAGGU